AUGUGGCGUAAUCUAAUUAGGCGUGUCUCAAGUGGUGCAGCUACAAUUGCCAUGACUCAAAUACAAGAAGUGGUUGCAGUCAGCUGUUCGUGGUGUAAGGCGUCCUACCACAAUAAGGCGCAGUGCAUCAAUGAAGGCACGCUCACAGAGGCUUGUGAUUUUGGCAACUACGCACAGAUCAUUGUGCCACCAACCUGGAUUGUCAAGCUGCCUCGCAAAGGCUCAUUCAAGUCGUCGAUUCGAAGGACGCCUCGCAACAAGCGUCUCUCCUCGAAGCGUCGCAGCAAGAACAAAGCAGCCGAUGCCUCCUCUUCGUCCUCGUGUUCACUGGGCUCAUUCAAGUCGUCGAUUCGAAGGACGCCUCGCAACAAGCGUCUUUCCUCGAAGCGUCGCAGCAAGAACAAAGCAGCCGAUGCCUCCUCUUCGUCCUCGUGUUCACUGGUGGUCAACUCCUCGGCCUCUGCUGCCGCUGUCAUGGCCGCCGCCUCCUCUAGUCCUAAUGUUCUCCUUGUCACCGGAGGUGGUGCUGGUGGUCAGUCGUCGUCGGAGAGAGCCAAGCUGUCACUGAACAAUGGCACUCUCUUCAGCUCAUCGAACAAUAUGGGCAGCAGCAGUGGCGGCGGUAGCAGCAUCACCAUUGCCUCCUCUUCACUGACCUCCACCUCCUCUCCCGGCUCUUCACCUUCGCCCUCUUCUGUGAUUCUCGGCCUUCAUCAGGAGGGCAGUGGUAAUGGUGCUGGUGCUGGUGCCGGUGCCGCCUCUGCAACGCUCUCCGAGACGCCUUCUCCCUUUCUCAUGGGUGCGCACAAUGGCGGCAAUAGCUCUUCAGGCGGUGGCUCCAGUACCACUUCCCCUGGAGGACCAUCGCCAUCACCUCCUCCCCUUCCACCUGCACCUGAACUACCUGCUCAUUCCUUCACCCCACCACCACCACCACCACCGUCUGGCAGUGCGCACAGUCACUACUACAGCAAGCACAAUAGCGGACAGAUCAGUGAAAUGAGUGGUGGGCCUGCUCAUCUCUACGGUGCAAUGGUCCCUAGUCCCAUGGGUGUAGGCGGUGGUGGCGGUGGGGGUGUUGGUGGAGGUGGCAGUCGACGACAGUACCGACGGCACAGUCACGCCGCCGUCUCCGCUUCUAGUCUCACCAGCUCUGGACUGCUCUCUGCGGAAGGCAAAGACGGAGGAGGCGGUGGUCUGCCGUACGGUCACUCCGUCAGCACAUCGCACUACCUACAGACGGUCCACCGGAGUUUCACCAUCAAGCCAAUACCAUCACCCAAUCUGAAGCCGCUGCUAGUGUUCAUCAAUCCAAAGAGCGGCGGCAAUCAGGGUGCCAAGCUGAUGCAGAAGUUUCAGUGGCAUCUCAAUCCGCGACAGGUUUUUGACCUCUCUCAGGGUGGCCCCCGACUCGGGCUGGAUCUCUACAAGAAGGUGCACAAUCUGAGGGUGCUUGCCUGUGGCGGUGAUGGCACAGCUGGCUGGGUCCUCUCCACCAUUGACGAGAUUGGCAUCGUUCCACCGCCGCCCAUUGCCGUUUUGCCGCUGGGCACCGGCAAUGACCUUGCCCGUUCCAUCAACUGGGGCGCCAGCUACACUGAUGAGCCGGUGUCGAAGAUUCUCUGCAACAUUCAGGAUGGCGAGGUGGUGCAGUUGGACCGGUGGAACCUGAAGGUGCAACGGAAUCCCCACGUGUCAGCGGCCCAUUCUUCUGGUGAGGAGGCCAAGGGCGCCAAGCCUGAUUUGCCACUGAAUGUCGUCAACAACUACUUCUCAAUUGGCGUGGACGCGCACAUUGCGUUAAGUUUUCACGAGGCUCGUGAAGCGCAUCCGGAGCGUUUCAACUCGCGUUUUAAGAAUCGCAUCUUCUACGGACAGGCAGGCAGCAAGGAUCUGAUGCAGCGGAAGUGGAAAGACCUGAGCAACUACGUCAAACUGGUCUGCGAUGGCGUCGACUACACGUCACGUUUGAAGGAGCUCAAGGUCCACUCAGUGCUCUUUCUCAACAUACCCAGUUACAGCGGCGGCACGCGGCCAUGGGCGCCCUCCUCGAGCUACGAUCCGCAGAGCACCAACGACGGCCAAAUUGAAGUCAUCGGACUCACCACAUAUCAACUG